UCUGUUUCCUGUUUCCUCUCUCUGUUAGCCGUUGAGUUUCAGUCCUCCCUCGCUCCCUCUCCUGCUUCUUAAUCUCUCUCAAUUCUAUUAUUCUUUUUUGGAUUAGUCAAAAACCCUAAAAUCACCAUCCAUUGACCUUUCUGUUCUCAGUUUCUCACAGCCUUUCCACUUGGUGCUCAAGCUUUCCUCUGUGGUAAUAUCUCCAUUAUGACCUCUUUUAUAUUGUUGAUCCCUGCAAUGUUCCUCCAUCGCUCUCAAUGACGGACUCUUCUCUAUCACCCGCCUCCUCCGAUUACGGCUCCGUCAACACCGCCGAUCAGAAUGCGGGGCGGAGUCGGAGAAGUGGGGGCGUUAGUGAAGUCGUGAUCGUGCAGCAAACGCGUCGGUGGCAUGACGUUUUCUGGUUAGGAAUAUUUUUGAUUCAUUUGAUUGGCCUGGGGUUCCUUCUGGGGCUUCUCGGCCUCAAUAGGUUUAAGAAGGAGAAUAGACUUAAUAUUGAUAGGUAUACUGCCCCGUUUUCGGAGAAUAAAAACGGCUUGACCGAGGAUUUCUGGCCUCUCUAUGCUGUUGCUGGUGGAGUUGGGACUGUUCUGGGAUGGAGUUGGUUGUUGUUGUUGGGUUCUCGUGGCAGUCAAAUGAUGAAGGUCUCGGUCCACAUCCUCACCACUUAUCUUGCAGUGAUCAGUGUUUUGUGUUUCUGGGCUGAACAGUUUCUCUGGGGGGUCUUUUUCGCAAUUGGGGCUGCGUUGCAGUUCUUGUACAUCAUAUCGGUCAUAGACAGACUCCCAUUUACGAUGUUGGUUCUACAGAAGGCUGUGAAGAUGGUGUGGAGUCUUCCUGAAGUUAUGAGAUUGGCAUAUGCAUUUAUGCUUGUUGUGCUUUUAUGGAUGGCCUUAUGGUCCUUUGGAGCAGCUGGUGUUGUGGCUUCGAGCAUGGGUGAUGGUGGACGCUGGUGGCUUCUUGUGGUUUUCUCUGUAAGCUUAUUCUGGACUGGUGCCGUACUUUGUAAUACUGUACAUGUUAUUGUGUCCGGGAUGGUGUUUCUUGUUCUUAUUCAUGGUGGCAGAGAGGCAGCAUCAAUGCCAGCUAAUCCUGUAUUGAAAUCUCUUAAGUAUGCUUUAACUACAUCUUUUGGCAGCAUAUGUUAUGGCUCAUUAUUUACAGCUGCUAUCAGGACACUUCGUUGGAAGAUAAGGGGCUUUAGGUCAAAGAUUGGAAAGAACGAGUGUUUGCUUUGCUGUGUUGAUUUCCUUUUUCAUCUUGUGGAGACUCUUGUCCGUUUCUUCAACAAGUAUGCCUAUGUUCUGAUUGCUGUUAAUGGUAAAAAUUUUAACCAUUCGGCUAGAGAUGCAUGGGAGUUAUUCCAGUCAACUGGAGUUGAAGCACUCGUAGCCUAUGAUUGCUCUGGAGCUGUUCUGCUAAUGGGUACCAUUUUUGGCGGGCUGAUUACAGGAACUUGCUCUGGUGUUUGGGCAUGGCUCAAAUGGAGUGACAGAGUACUUAUGAUUGGGUCCACGUCUAUGUUGAUGGGAAUGGUCUUGGUAGGAGUGGCAAUGGUAGUGGUGGAAAGUGCUGUUACAUCCAUUUAUAUCUGCUAUGCAGAAGACCCCUUGUUGAUUCGUAGAUGGGACACUCAAUUUUUCAACCAGAUGUCUGAGACACUACAUCAGCGAUUACAACAUCGGAGUUCCCGGGCUAGUGAGGUUAGAAUGUUAUAUCGGCUCGAUGGGCUGGUUCAAGAAAAUGCUUCAAUUUGAGGGAUCACCUUCAUUUAUCCCACUUGAAUCACUGCGUUUUUCUCCUCUUGUUUUUGUGGUUUGCCAUAGGGUAAUUGUCGUGUUUUAAGCUGUAAGUUUUAUUGUGAUGUUGGGAAGAGUGUGUGUCCAUAUCUGAGUUUGGUCUUUAAUUUAUAACAGUGAAACAUUAGAUAAGGAAGAAAAGAAUUGUUUUUCCUUUUUCAUUGUAGUUUUUGUCAGUGUAUCUUGGUCAAAUAUUUUGUGUAAGUAUUUACUUUACAAACUGCAAAUUGUACAGUCUUCCCAUAUUUGGUCGGAAAUAAAAUUACAGUUUCAUUGUUGAGA